ACCCACCUAACGGUCAUUGUCCGAAUCAAGAACCAUUCCAGAGCAACCACUACGACUGUAUACUACUGCAUUAUUAUGUUCGGUUUUUUUUUCGGUUGAAUCUGUAUACAUCCUAUCGCCAGCUAUCGCCUGUAUAUCGAGUAUAUUCAUUUUUUGAUUGAAUGGAUGUUCUGUACAUGAGAGAUCGUGGAUCGUGCGAUUCGUGUUUUUUAUAUUACGAAAUCGUGUUUCUUCAACUUCGAGGACACACUUAUAUUAUUGAUGCUGAUUGUCAACAUUUCCACAUCUUUUUAUUACGGAUACCACCUGGGCGAUUGUCCCAACUUGAAAAAACGAACUCUACAAUUAUCAAAUAGGAAUAAAAUCAUUUUUAUUCACGAAAUCCGUUUCAAUAUGUGUUGUAUACAAUUGAAAAUGAUUCUUCAGCGGAAAUCGGGAAAAUUCGAAGAGAUUUUUUAACGAAAAUAAAAUCGAAUCGCGAAAAAAUAUAGAAUCACGCAUACACCUUAGACAACGCGAUGGAUGUCGAAAGAGUGGCAAUGUUCGCGGGAGUCGGCUUUGCCCUUGGGAUUGGUGCUUUUGUUCUCUGGGGUCCGUCGCCCAACCCGAGAAGAAGAGGUCAGAUAGCUGGUAUCACCAAUUUAGGCCACACAUGUUUUCUCAAUGCUCUGCUGCAAUCCUUUGCAGCCAUUUCUGUUUUCAAAAGCUGGUUGGACACGAGACGACGAAUUUCCGACCCUUCCAGUUUCACCAAUAAUCUUGCCUCAAUCCUGGAUAAAAUAAAUGGAUUGGACGACGAGCUAUAUGGAGAUAUAGCCCCUAUAGAGAUGAUUACCUCCCUCGGAGAAUCUUGGCGUUUUGGCCCGGGACAUCAAGAUGCUCAUGAACUUUUCCAUGUGAUCCUUAGUGCUCUGAGAUCGGAAAGUCGGUCUUCUAUUGAAAGGAAAGGUUGCCUCUCUGACGCUUUACCAAAAGAUGACAGUGAAAAAUUGUUGAUUGAUUCGUUGGGACUGAGAAGCGUCUCUUGCAACGAUAUUACUCAAAUGGAACAGAAUUCAUGCAGUAAAAUGAUGAGAUCGAACGAACCACCUGGUGUAAUAAUCGCCCGAUCGGCCGAAACGAUAUUCAAUGGCGGUAGAAAUGGGGAAAGAACAACUUCAGAGCCUUGGAAUUGGUUGAGGGCGAUUCCGCGCUCAAACCUCUCGGUUAUUCCCAAUGAGACGAAAAAUCCCUUCUCUGGGCUGUUAACCAGUCAGCUACAGUGUACAAAUUGCGAAUGGAAAUCACCGGUACGGUACGACAAAUUGGAAAGUGUCUCUUUGCCUCUACCACCUUUAGAAACACCUACUCGUCGAAGAUGGAAUCGACACACAUUAGGUGAGCUCUUAGAUCGUCUGGUGGCGAGUGAAAUAAUUCAUAAUGUCGAAUGCGACGGUUGCUCAUCACGUUGUGCCGCAAUUAAGACCCUAACGCUUGGUAAAUUACCUCGGUGCUUGUGUCUUCACAUACCCCGUACUACUUGGAGCGAUUCCGGAAUCUUGAUCAAGCGCGAUGACCCGGUCAUAUUUCCGGAAUUUUUAGUACUCGAUCCAUUUACUUAUACCGGAACGACUAAACGAAAUACUCAAGCCGCUGGAACUCGAUCGAUUUUUCCUAUCAAUGGAAUGGUGUCGAAUCAAAGUGAUGGUGGAAAACACAAAUUCAGAUUGGAUGCGGUUGUCGAACAUCGUGGUCCCGUCGACGCUGGACACUUCGUGUGCUACAGACGUGGCAAUCGUCAAGGCCAAUGGAUUUACACAUCGGAUACAACUAUCGAAAACACAUCCCUGACCAAUGUUCUUUUUGCCAGUCCUUAUUUACUUUUUUACGAACGCGAGGACGAAUGUUCCGGAUGAGACCAGAGAAAAAAGUUUAUACUAUUUUCAUAUUAUCGAUACCGCUAUCUCGAUGGAACGAGACGAGACGCGUUUUCACAACCAAUCGAUCGAUUUUUGUCUUUUCAAACAAAACCAACAGCAUAAACAUGUAUACCUCAAGUUCUCGUUAAUCGAAUACCCAGCCCAUUGAUCUUAUGAUAUACGAAUGAAAAAUGGCCAAAAUAAUAUCUAUUGAGAAUAUAUAGUCGUAACAUCGUUGUCACAACGAUUCUCAUACACGAUGUGAUAAUAAUACCUAACUUGGAUAUCGUCUUAUCUUUGAUCUUAUUCAAACAUACAAUUACAACUGAACCUUUUACACUGUAUUUCCAUUACUGAUUUUCGCUUCAAUUUCAUUGAUAAUUAUCAAAAUAUUUCACUUUACUACAAACUAAUUAUUUAAGUGUUAUUCUAUAAAAUAUUAAUUUUUAUUCAGUCUAUUACAAUACAGUCAUUUUUACAGGACAUUCGUUUGUUUGACUUCGUUUGAUUCCGAACUUUUUACAAAUUCUCAUAAAGUGAAAUUUUCAACUUGAAAUGUUUAGUUGUGGACGCUUGGGAUGAAAUUCGUUGCGAUUGACAUCAUAGAUAUCAGCUGCAUUGUACCAAAAGAAUAAAAAUAUGUUCAUUAAGCCAAAUCCGUUUAAUUCAUUCUUUAAUCCAGAGUAGAAGGUUCACUUUUAAAAAGGGCCCUCUUCUGAUGUAACCUAUAUUUUUGGUGAUUUUCGUGUUUAAAUUUCUGGUUAGGCAACUGUAUAAUUUCAGAACUGUAUACCCAAAUUGUUUGAAUUUAUGCUCUGCAUGCGAUCCAGAGAUAUAAAAUAAAACAUUUCCAAAAACACA